AGAAUGAGUUAACUGGUUCCAUCCCUCCAAGCAUUUUCAACGUGUCAACACUGCAGAUAUUAGCACUUUCAUUCAACAAGUUUUCAGAGAUUAGAUAUAAUGAUAGAUGUUGCAUCUGCAAUGGACUAUCUCCACAAUGGCUAUUCAACACAUGUGGUGCAUUGUGACUUGAAGCCAAGCAAUGUCUUGCUAGAUCAAGAAAUGAUUGGUCAUGUUAGUGAUUUUGGCAUUGCAAAAUUGUUAGGUACGCGGGAGGCUUUUGUUCAAACAAGGACAGUUGCAACCAUUGGAUAUAUUGCUCCAGAGUAUGGACAAGAUGGAAUAGUAUCCACAAGCUGUGACGUUUACAGUUUUGGCAUUCUGAUGAUGGAGACGUUUUCAAGAAUGAGACCAAGUGAUGAAAUAUUCUUGGAGAACUGAGCAUACAACGUUGGAUUAGUGAUUCCUUCCCAAGUGGAAUUCAUAAGGUGGUGGAUUCUAAUUUGAUACGAGCCAGGGAUGAACAAAUCGAUGCAAAGAUACAAUGUCUGGUAUCUAUCAUGGAAUUAGCUUUGAGUUGCACUUUAGUGACACCUAAUGCAAGAAUUACCAUGGAAGAGGCUCUUU